CUUCCUCGUCCCAAAUAUCAUGGCCUUAAUCCACCUCAAUCUCGAUCACCACAGCUAUAAGCAGAUAUGACAGAGAACACAGCAGAGCCUUCCCCGCUGAUCCGAUUUUCAAACUCGGUUUUGCGCAGAUAUGUGGCGCCUGGGCUGUUGCCCGUCAGACAGGCAAACACAAUCGUGCUUCUUUUGACUGAGUUUAUGACUGAGACUGUUGAUCCCGAGUUUCUCAAAUAUGCUUCACGGUUUCUGACACCAGAAUACUAUGACGAUAUUGUAUCCGAGCGAAAUGUCUUGCACACUUGUGGAUACCCAAUAUGUCCACUAAAACCUACCAAGAAAGUCUUCGGCAAAGACUCCCCCCAAAUCGAAUACACAACCGAAUCCAAAGGCAUCUCUCCAACCUCCCCAUCCUCCUACCUGCGCAAAUACUGCACAAAGCGCCACUUCCAAGCCUCAAUGAUCUACCGCGCCCAACUGUCUUCCGAAGCAAUCUGGGCGCGGCCGGAUAUAGCCUAUCUUCGAAAUGGGGACGGAGAGUGGGAGAAAAGUAUAGCACUGCUCGAGGAGAUUUUAGAGGCAAAGGCGAAGAAGCGGGAUGAGGUCACAGACAGCGAGAUUGGAGAUGCAGUCAUGUCUCUGGAGCAACUGAGGCUACGAACAAAUACAAAAGACCAACAGAUAUCAGGAUCUAAUCCCGACAACGACGACGACGAUGAUGAUCAAAACCCACAGCAAAAGCCAGAGUCGAUGAGAGAAAAGAUAGAGAAGGCAAAGCAGGCGAGGAUCAAAGAUGCAACGAUAGAUCUAUCAGUUGCAGAACGGGACCCCAACGAGGCAAAAGCAUUCGCAAAGCCUCCUGAGAUUCCUGAAGUCCCUGCUUAUGAGGGUUAUGUUUUGGGAAGCGCUGCUACGAUUAAAGAACCAAGGUCUUACACUCUAUGGAAAGAGAAGAAGGAACAAGAAAAACUGGAGGAGGAACUUGAGAGAGGGGUAGAAGAUUAAUAAACUAGCUA